AAUACUGUAAGAAGCAACAUAUACAUAAAGUGCAAUAAAGUGUCAAGUCAUAAACUUACAUGAAUACAGCAUUUGAACAGCUCUUAAAAUCCAUGUAUUUCAGCAACAGACUUCUAAACACAAGCAAUUCUUAAUGAACCAACAGGUGUCCAACAGAAAAUAUCUAAAAUGUCAUUAAGCAGUUAGAAACAAUACUGAUAAGAAUUUGCAGAAAUGAGUAGGAACUGAUUGGAUGAGCAGAUUUCAAUAUUGGUUUCAUCUCAGUUGGUUUUGUUUAUGGUACCAUGGGUUACUAAUUUCUAGCUUUGGUUUGAGCCCCCAGUACAUUCUCAACAACAACAACAACAACAACAACAACAACAAUGGGGCAUAGUGAAAUACAGGUGAAUAAUUUAUUUUAAAACCUCUCUUUUUUCCUUUGAAAGACAUGUGAGCCUCAAAACACAUGGUUCAUGAUGGUCAAAUGGCAUCAGUACAUCAUCCUCAUCAACUAAGUUUAGGAAAAAAAGAAGGAAAGGAAAAGUAAAAUGUGUUGACUCUACUUUUCAGACAGAAUUUACUAUAUGAACAAUGGGGAAAGAUUAUCAAUGGCGCAUAGUAGAGGAGAAACUUCUUUCAGAAAUAUUGUCUUACAACACUAUGAAUCCAAAUGCAUGAGGGGAAGCUGAGGGAAAGGGUGGAUGACAUUUGGGACCAAAAGAUUUUGUUCGAGGGAGACAGAUCUUCAUUCAACACAAAGUACUAAUUCUAACCAAACUUAGAAAUACAUUACAAGCAAUGUUGCAAUACUUUUCACUGUGUCGUCAUUAAGGCAAAAACAAUGUACUGUGCCCAAAAAUUCAGAAAUAUGUGUGCACAAGAAAUUGUCAUCCAGCUGAUCCUGCUCAGCUCUCAUUCCUCUUAAUGAACACCAUGAACUUAUUCACGAUGAUCAGCAGAUUACAAUUAAAGAAUUGAGUGCAGAGCUGAAUGUCAAAGUUUGCAAUGCCCUACACAUGAUGUUAUAGAUUUUGCUAAGUCUUCCCUGACCCAGGGUUCUCGGCAACUUUCCUGAACUCUCCCCAUUCCAUACACCUCACCAGUCCUUUUCCUUCACCCCUCUUCUUUCCCCUUCAACCAUUCAGUCAGUAUACACCUAUGAAAAAUUUUCCUUGUGAAUAUUAGAGAGAAGUACAUUACUUCAAGAGCUAUCCUUAAAAUAAAUAGAUAUGAUUUUGCUGUAGGAAUUGACAAUGUCAAUUUUAGGCCCUUCAGCAAACAUCUGAAAUUUUCACAGAAGUAGAAAACACACUUUCUGCCUAUAACAUUAUUGCAUGCAAUGUCCAUUAUGGCUUAAGCUCAAAGAGUGCAAUAAUUAUAGCAUAUGAAUCUGCUAACUGGAAUAGAAAAUCUGUACUAAAGAACUGGGGAAGAAGGAACAUGGCAGGACUUGAAUUGCUCAUGGUGUUGAUGAAAGAAAACUGACUUCCAAUGAAAAUACGAAUUUGGACUGCAAAACACCCACAAACUGGAUGAAGCAGCAGCAACCACUGUGUCACUUUGGCCACAAGUAUUGGCUCAGACUGGGUGCAGAGCAGUUGGACAGAAUACAUCUUCUGAAACAGAUGCAUUUAUGACAAUGGUAGCAAUAAUUAGUGCUUCAGGAAUAGCUGUGCCCCCACAACUUGGGUUUCUUAGAUUAUGCUUUAAGGAUAGCAUGUUUUACAAUGCUCUACUGGCUUUAGGGGUGGACAAACAGUUUUAUCAGUGCUGCAGCACUUGUCAUACAUAAAAGGCUCAGUAAAAGUGACCUAAAUUCAUGAUAUUGGACACACAUUACAGCGACACAAACAUAGCUGCCACAUCACAUAUAAAAAAUAUAAAAAAAUAUGUUAAUUUCCUUACUCUGCCACCUCAUCAUCUUGUUGAUUUGGCAUUUUAUUUUUUUUUUCCAAAAUAAUUAAGUAAUACAGCAUGUUGUGAACUUGUGGCAAGUACAAAAAGAUCAAUCACAACCUAUGAUGUUGCUGGAAUCGUUGAAAUACCAUUCUCCCAUCACCUACACCAACCAACUUAUGGAGUAUUAGGUCUUGAAGUACUGAACUAAUGAACAGAGGCAAAUGAAGACUUAUCUUCCGGAUAAUCUAAGUGAUUGACGUUUGUCAACUGAAUCCAAGAAAAGACUUUCCAUCUACUUCAGUAUUAAUGUUCUGAGAUCAUAAUUUCACAUCUGAACUUUUCUUAGCCCAACGAAGGGUCCAAAGGAUUUGUUAUUCAUCUUCAGCAGUACAUAUUUCUUCACAUGAUGACUGUAUGUUGUAUUCUACAAUGAAGAAGAUUCUAAAACAUUACAUUGCUGAAGUUUUUCUAGUCCUAAAAGAUAGAGCUCAUGUGUCAUUUUAUGGGCACUUAAAUGGCGCAAUGAAGUUUAUACUAACAGAUGAAUGAAGCUUUGCAUUAAGGACUGAUGCUAUGUUAUAAUGACCAAAAUCAGUUAAAUUAAGAUUAGUUUGACAAGCAAAUACAUUGUCUUUUUCACUGUGUUCUGAGUUACUUCGGAUUGUAUUAGCUAUUUAUUAGUUUCUUGUACAUAGUUUUGAUGCUGCUAUUUGUUGUUUGUAUGUCUGUAUAAUGUAUUGUACCGAGGGCAGCAAAGGCUUCUUUGACACAUAGACAAUUAACUUUCUGAAUCAAUGAGUUAGUUAAUUCCCAUUCCUUGACUGCAAUGGGCUGACCUGCUAAAAGGGGUUAUGUGAACCAAUUGAAACUAUGUUAUAUUUUGUUCUCUGCUUUUGUUAAGAAUUAUAUUAUGCCUUUCAUAUUUUUUCUAACAUUCAUUACUUAAUACUCAGUUAAAUGAGGUGUUCAUUUGCCUUUCAAGAAGUAUAUAAACACAAAAACUAAAAGAGGGCUCAGUUAACAAAACUUUAUCCUACCCAACACACAAGGUGUGUAAUGUUCGAAACCAAAAAAAUUACGAUUAGUUCCCUAGCAACUACUUUAAAACUUAAAUUAUUCCUCUGUGAUGUCGAAGUAAGUAACUACUUUAAAAAGUCGAAACUUUCAUUGAUAUCGGUUGAGAGUGGCCAAGGCUUUCAAAUAAAAGCUAACAGUUUCAAAUCGCACAGUCCUUGCAGCAGAAUUACGCAAGCACCCAACCUUGGAAAGGACCUUAAAUAUAGCGAAUCUGGUUGCGAGGUUUGUGACCUACAGACAACACCUUCAUUUCUACACAGAGAACUGAUACGUAUGUCGCAUUUUGCAUGCGCAUUUUCCUGUAAAAGAUGUUUGCAGUAAUGCGCCAAGAGGUGUAAAAAUGUAUUGAAUUUAUCAGCUAAACGCUCAGAACACCACAUGCAUACAAAAUGAUACUUCUUAAACAGAUCUUGAGAACUUAUGUAACAAUAAGUGAAACCAGCCUUUCACUUUUUUCGCGUCGCUGCUUUUUCGCACCUACAACAAACAAGAAGGUGCUAAGGCUGUAUAGUACAAGAAUGGCUGGUGUGGAAACAGUGACAGUUAAAGUUGCCCAAGGCAUUUUGAAAGGAAAAGUAGUUGAAGCAAAGUAUGGAGGGAAAUAUUGCAGCUUUCAGGGUAUUCGUUAUGCAAAGCCACCGGUCGGCCCUCUUAGAUUUCAGCCACCACAGCCACCGGAGUCUUGGACAGGCAUAAGAGAUGCUCUAGAAGAAGGCGCAGUUGCCCCGCAUGCAGACUGGGUGCGGCAGAAGUAUAGGGGUGAAGAGGAUUGUCUUUUCCUUAAUGUCUACACUCCAAAGAUUCCUUCAGAAAAUGAAUCACUGAAAGCUGUUAUGGUAUGGUUUCAUGGAGGUGGAUUUGGAUUUGGAUCAGGAAACACUGAUCUUUAUGGUCCAGAUUAUUUAGUUGCUGCUGAUGUUAUUGUAGUCACAUUGAAUUACCGCCUUGGAGCUCUUGGCUUUUUAAGUUUGGAAGAUGCAACUAUACCAGGCAAUAAUGGCCUUAAGGACCAAGUAGCUGCCCUCAGAUGGAUUCAGCAGAACAUCAUAAACUUUGGUGGUGACCCAAAUAAUGUUACAAUAUUUGGUGAAAGUGCUGGUGGUGCCUCUGUACAAUACCAUUUGAUAUCUCCAAUGUCAAAAGGACUUUUUCACAAAGCAAUUGCACAGAGUGGUUCUAUUUUUAAUCCUUGGGCAAGCAGAAAAACUUUGAAGGAGAGGUCGUUUGCCUUGGGUGCUGUGCUGGGAUGUAAAACAAAUGAUCCAAAAGUGCUAAUUGAUUUUCUCAGGACUUGCACUCCAAAACAGAUAGUGGAAGGCACUGCAAAAAUAGUAACUCUUGAUGACAAACGGAGAGGAAACAGCAUACCAUUUUUACCAAUACCAGAAAAGGACUCCGGCAGUUUACAAGAUGUCUUCCUACCUGAUAACCCACAAAAUAUUGUAAAAUCAGGAAAAUUCUGUGAUGUGCCUUACCUAACUGGAGUUACUUCUCAUGAAGGCUUAAUGGAGCUUAGAAAUAUUUUAAAAAAGCCAGAGUUGCUGAAAGAAAUAGACGCAGACUUUGAAAGAUUCGUGCCGGAAGAUAUGGAAGUGAGAGAAAAUGAAAGAUUGAAGAAAGCCAGUGAUAUGAUAAGACAGUUUUAUUUUGAUGGUAAAGCACUCACAAAAGAUAGCAUAAUGGAUUAUGUAAAUUUGCAGACUGAUAUAAACUUCGCACACGGAGUGUACCAAACAGCAAAUUACCAUGUGAAGUACAGUCACAGCCCAUUGUAUUAUUAUAGUUUUGGGUUUGAUAGUGUUCUGGGUGUCUUCAAACGUUUUGUCGGUGCAUCUCAUCUUCCUGGUGUUUGUCAUAUCGAUGAUAUUGGAUACUUAUUCCAUAUGUCAAUUGUUGAUAUCACUGUAGAACAUGACUCUAUAGAAAUGUCAACUAUACGAAGGAUGGUGAAGUUGUGGACCAAUUUUGCAAAGACUGGUGACCCUACACCACACCUGGAUGCUGAUGUAAAGGUCAAGUGGACACCAUAUAGCCUGACAAACCCAUGUUACCUGAACAUCGAAAAGGAUCUCAGCUUAAGGCAUAGUCUUAACAAAGAACGCAUGGAGUUUUGGGAUGAUCUAUACAAAUGGAGUACAUCAGCAUCAAAACUGUGAACUUUGUAAAAGACAUUAUUUGGCACAAUAAAUGUAAUAUUUGUGAGCUGUCAAA